AAUUGCAGGUAAUUCUAAACCCUCGGCUUUGCUACUCCACCCUCGGCAGGUGGGAGUCCCAGUGCUGCCAUAUGACCCGCAGAAGUACUUACUUUUAGCGCAAGCAGUAAGAUUUGUCCUCUGGACUUGCAGGGCGGCGGUUGCUACCGCGUUUUCUCACAGAGGAGGCAAAAACCCGCCGAGUCUGGCCGGCGUGGGGGCGGAACCAAGAUGCUGCGGCGCCUGUUUCCGCGCGGCCUUGCCGAGGCGGACCGCGGGGCGCGGGGGGACGAGGCCGGGCGGCGCACCGGGCCGGGGCGGCGGCGCAAGAUGGAGGCGGUGACCGAGGGGAGCUGGCAGUCGCUGCCCGUGGCACUCAGCCCCGGCGUGCUGCGGGCCCUGCGAGAGCUCGGCUUCGCCCGCAUGACCCCGGUGCAGUCGGCAACUAUUCCGCUCUUCAUGAAUAACAAAGAUGUUGCCGCAGAAGCGGUAACAGGCAGUGGCAAAACCUUAGCAUUUGUAAUUCCCAUACUGGAAAUUCUUCUCAGACGGGAAGAAAAAUUAAAGAAAAUGCAGGUUGGAGCUAUAAUUAUCACACCAACGAGAGAAUUGGCUAUUCAAAUUGAAGAGGUGCUGUCACAUUUCACAAAACACUUCCCCAGGUUUAGUCAGAUUCUUUUAAUCGGUGGUAGGAAUCCCAUGGAAGAUGUUGAAAAGUUUAAAGAACACGGUGGGAACAUCAUUGUAGCUACACCAGGCCGCUUGGAGGAUCUGUUCAGAAGAAAAGCAGAUGGGCUGGAUCUGGCAAGUUGUGUGAAGUCGCUUGAUGUGUUGGUGUUAGAUGAAGCAGACAGACUUCUAGAUAUGGGCUUUGAAGCAAGUUUGAAUGCCAUUCUGGACUUUUUGCCCAAGCAGAGACGGACAGGUCUGUUCUCAGCAACUCAGACUCAAGAGGUGGAGAACCUAGUGAGGGCAGGUCUCCGGAAUCCUGUCCGCAUCUCGGUGAAAGAGAAGGGAGUGGCAGCAAGCAACACACAGAAAACUCCAAUGCGCCUGGAGAACUAUUAUAUGAUCUGCAAAGCAGAUGAAAAAUUUAAUCAGUUGGUGCAUUUUCUUCGACAGCACAAACAAGAGAAACAUCUAGUCUUUUUCAGCACGUGUGCCUGUGUGGAAUACUACGGGAAGGCUUUGGAAUCCUUAAUUAAACAAGUGAAAAUAAUGAGCAUUCACGGGAAAAUGAAACACAAGCGUAACAAGAUUUUUACUGAGUUUCGGAAGCUCCCAGGGGGCAUUUUAGUUUGCACUGACGUGAUGGCUCGUGGCAUUGACAUUCCAGAAGUACACUGGGUUUUACAGUAUGACCCACCUAGCAGUGCAAGUGCCUUUGUGCAUCGGUGUGGUCGCACUGCACGGAUCGGCAAUGUAGGCAGCGCACUUGUCUUUUUGCUUCCCAUGGAAGAGUCUUACGUUAACUUUCUCUCAAUCAACCAAAAGUGUCCCAUGCAGGAAAUGAAACCACAGACAAACGUGCUAGAUCUGCUUCCGAAGCUGAAGUCUAUGGCCCUUGCUGACAGGGCAGUGUUUGAGAAAGGGAUGAAAGCGUUCGUGUCUUACGUCCAGGCUUAUGCCAAACACGAAUGUAACCUGAUCUUCCGAAUAAAAGAUCUGGAUUUUGCUAGCCUUGCCAAAGGUUUUGCAUUGUUAAAAAUGCCGAAGAUGCCUGAACUAAGAGGAAAAUGUUUUCCAGACUUUAUUCCAGUCACUGUUAAUACGGACUCCAUUUCAUUUAAGGAUAAAAAUAGAGAAAAACAGAGACAAAAGCAAUUAGAACAACAAAGAAAAGAGAGAGAGGAAAAUGGAGGGAGAAAGAAAUUAAUAAAGAACAAAGCCUGGUCAAAGCAGAAAGCCAAGAGGGAGAAGAAAAAGAAAAUAACAGCUAAAAGGAAGCGUGAAGAGGGCUCUGAUAUUGAAGAUGAGGAUAUGGAAGAGCUGCUGAAUGACACACGACUCUUGAAAAGAUUAAAAAAAGGAAAAAUUACUGAAGAAGAGUUUGAGAAGAGACUAACAGGCAGCCAGAGCAGACUCAAAGCAGAAACUGUUGCUGACUUAGAGUCUGAAGGUACGUAGCACAGAGCAGUAAGCAACAGCAAUCCUCAGAAUGAGUUUGAAUACACCAUAAGGUAUUUUAUUUUACAAUAUCAAAAUACUCCACCCGUAUUUAAAAUAACUUAUUUUAGGUCUUCAGAACCUGUAGUAACAUUUGAAUUUUUAUUUUUUAACAGUGGUCCAUCCACAUGUAACGUUUUGCUUUAAGAACUCAAGAAGGCUGAUAAUGACAUUAAUCCUUAUAAUAAUGUCGCCUCCUUACCACAUGCAUAUAACCUGCAUCAUCUUCCAAGUUCUUACAAGUGUGAUAGUCACUGAAGAAGAUGAUACACCCUGUACACCUACUCCCCUGUUACAGGUAGAGUUUGAUAAGUUCAUCGCUGACAGCUGAUGGAGUUAACACUCCGAGGUCUGUAAACAGUAACGUAAUUAGUGAUGGUGAUGUGUAGUCAAUCCAGGGAUGCUCCUCUGUUAGAUUCUGACUUGUUUUCAGAGUGUCAGCUUUGUACUAGGAGGAAACGGAGACCAUUAGUUAUUAUACAACUGCCCGUUAAAACCUCUUUCGGGUCUCGGGCAGAUGUUUGUGGUAGAACUGAAGGAAGUCAAUUGCUUUAAUGAGGCAUAGACUGGUGGCACCUUGGUCUCAGCUGUUUUAUCUUGUAUAAAGAAGAUAAAAUUUACAUUUAUAUUAAUGUAUAAUAAUGUAUAUUAAAUAUUACAAUUUAGUAUACAAAUACAAUUUGUAGUUACAAAGUGUACUUAUUUAACUGUUUCUUGUCCUCAGCCGCUCCUGUGCCCCAAAGGAACCGCUUUAGGAACUAAAUGUUAGUAUUACAACAAAUUGGGACUGUUUGACACGUGACUGUAACAUGGAGCAACUCCAUAUUAUGUAAAGUAAGCUGCAGUAGAGAGAUCCAGAUAAAUGAAGACAUGCUUAGACAAAAGUUGUUCAUAGGCAUGGAAGUGUGCAGCUCAGCUGGCUAAGGAGUAAUUUGAAUUUCUCUUACCUUAAACUUAUCUGGGACAUCCUGCUGAUUUAGAGGGAAAAGUCUUACAAACUUGAAACUUUCUGCUACCACAUAAAAUGGCUUAUUCUGCGCUUUGGCACACACAGCAAUUUGGUUAGUGCCAAUCUGUGGAGACAAAUGGAAAACAACAUGCAGACUCAGUGCUAGUGUGACAUAAUGUCCUGUUUCCAACAAUAAAUAGAUGUUUACUGGAUAAUGUCCAAAUAGAAAAGAUUUUUCAGAAAGCCUUAAAUUCUUCAAAGAAACCAAACUUUAAAAGUCUAGAGUUUACAGAACGAUGUAAUAAACUCACUGCCUAUUACCUUGUUAAUAAUGCCUCCGCUUUCAACUACACCUUCAGCACCAACUAACACCAGGUCCACUUUCUCCAUAAUGUAGCUGUUCAAAGGGGGGAAAAAAAAUCCAAGUCAUACUGGGUAAUGUGACAAAUGACUUGCUGAACAGAACAGAAAUUAGUAAUUCAAACAAUCUUUCACUUUUCUGAACUGGUUUAAUCUACCUAUGUAAGUCCACAUUUUUAAAUGUUCUUGGAGUGAGCUGUCAUCUGCUUCCCUGGCAGGAAUAUUAACUAACUGUGUCUUCUCCAGCCAUACCUGACCUUGGUAAUUGUAUAAAUGCUGGAAGAAGUUGAAAUCUGACUAGGAAUGAUACUCGGUUACAAGAACGUGGGUGUCUGUGACAAGAUACUACCUACACAGUGAAGUGUAACUGCACUGGGAUAACCUUGGCCAAAUACGUAGCAUGCUCCUUACCUAAUCCCCUUUUCUUUGCAUCCCUCCAAUAUGUUUUAAUUUGAAUAUACAGAUCUGAAAAGAAAACCAUCAACUAAGUGAUUUGAAUAGACUUAAAGUGUUAAACAGAACCUGUGGACUUGUCCACACAAGGCACUAUUAGAGAUGCCUUGGUCAGCAGGCUGGUACAUAUUCUCUUGGAGGCAGCCUCUCGGGCAUUUUGCACUUCUACAAGAAUUGAGGUUCAGAUUUAUUAUAAUUCUUUCUUUUCUCAUAUUUCGGACUUAUACUAAGUAGUGGUAAUUUAGCUAAUAUUUUAAGAAACCCUAAAAUGGUAACAUGUAUGCAAAUUAGAAAAAAAAAGGUAGCCUUUUUGUGUAGCACCUCUGGGUGGGCUGGGGUUUUUUUUGUGUGUUUUGUUUUAUUUUUAAGAUCUCUCCAAGUUCUACACUUAGGUCUGACUCCGUUUUUCAUUCCAACAUGGACACAUCAAGUACUUGUUUUGUAGCAGGCAUAUUCUCCUAAUUGUGUACCUGAAGGUGUAACUAGUUUAGCCUGUUUGAUGACUAUGACAAACUAAAUAACAACCUCUGUAGUUUCAACAAGCUUCUAGGAAACUUACAUAUAACGCUACCAAAAUAAAAUUGUGAUGAACAAUA